UAAAUUAAUUUUUGUCGAUCAAGUUCCUCCAGUUGUUUUUUAAACGAUCUAUCGAAACGUUGUUUUGCAUGUAUUAGAUUAGUACCAUGAUAAGAUUACUUUUAUUGUGUUUUGUGUUGAGUUUCGUGUUAUUUGCAUCUGCUGAAGUUCCAUCAUACAUCCCAAUAUGCGGCCGACGAGACCCGAACUUAAACGAUUGUAUCAUCAAAAGCGUCGCCCAAUUGCGACCGAAAUUACGCGAAGGAAUUCCCGAGUUUGAUGUUCCACCAGUGGAUCCUCUUCUUAUAAAUGAACGCGUCACUAUUUCGGACACUGCGGACUUCAAAGUUGCAGCGUCGAACAUCAAAGUUUACGAUUCGCUGGACUUUGAAGUAAAAAAAUUCAAUGCUGAUAUGAAAAAUCAGAAAGUUGAUAUCAAUCUCUUCUUCAAAAAAAUGAGGUUCGAAAACGACUAUGACGUUAAAGUGAAAAUUCUCGUUCCAAUUGAAGCUUCUGGGCCGAUUGAAAGCGUCGGAAUGAAUAUUGAAUCAAACUCAACAGUACAGUUUAAAUUACUGAACACAAAGAAAGGCCAGCAGUUAUUUUUCACCAGUGCUAAGAGCAAACUCAAAAUUGGUGAUUAUACGGUGAAAUUUGUGCCAAAUAAUACGACUGCUGCUUUGUCUGAAGCGAUAAAUGCUGUGUUAAACGGAAAUCGGCAGGAAAUAAUAGAUACUAUAACUCCACAUAUUGAAAAAGUUAUAUCUGCAAAGAUUCUUGAAAUUUCUAAUCAAAUAACUAAACACUUUACUUAUGACGAAUUGUUUCCGGAUAGAGAGUAGAUAUUUUAAGAAAAUUGUAUGAUUAUUGUAAUAAAGUUAUGUAAAUAUUA